AUCAGCAGGGUAAACCCAAACAAAUCAUUUGUGCUUUCUUGGUUUCAAGAACGGUAACUAAUCGUUUUUCCUUCUUGUUGUUAAAUUGUUGAGAUUUAACAAUAGUACCAAAAAUGGAUCUCAUAAAAUAUCAACACAUUUCCUCUCAACGUUCAGUAAUUAGGAGUAAUAAGAGUAUUUAUUUAAAUUUGUUUAACUCAUUUCAUUUCAUUUCUUUAUUGUUAUUAUUGUUGUGUUCCUCUUUUGUGGUAUCCAAUGUGUCGUCUAUGGAAACAAUUUCAUCGGAUGAUGUUCACAUCGAGUGUAAAUCAAAUAAUAUUGCGGUUACAAUUAAUACUUCAUCAACUUUUAAUGGAAUGAUUUAUCCUAAAGGACUUUCAACCAAUUCUUCUUGUAUGAUUGAGUUUAACAGCCAGGACAAUGUUACUUAUGUUUUACCUUUAAGAUCAUGUAACACAAUGUCAACUGAUGUGGAUGAUGGAAUUGAAUAUUAUAAUACCGUCGUCGUUCAACCUCACCGAAAAUUAGUCACUAAUCAAGGUAAAGGUUAUCACAUUCGAUGUCGAUAUCAAACGAAAGAGAAGACGAUUGCCAAUUCAUUCAAUAUAAGUACAUUGGGAGCCACUUCGGUGAUGGUACAAGCGCCAAUGCCAAGUUGCUCAAUGAAAAUCUACAUCGCUGAUACAAAGAAUGAAAUUGCUGCAGAAAAUGUGAAAAUUGGUGAUCGAUUAACUCUAACCAUUGCUUUAGACAAUCAACCUGUUUAUGGUAUGAAAGUAACCAAUUGUCUGGUUCGAGAUGGACUCAAUUGGGGCGAACAGCCUUUACUUAAUGAUGAAGGAUGUCCAGUUGAUGAGGAAAUCAUGGGUCCAUUUGAAUAUACAAACAACUUAACUCGAGCUGUUGUUUCAUUUCAAGCUCACAAAUUUCCUUACACAGCAUCGGUCUAUUAUCAAUGUAACGUAAGGGUUUGUCUUAAAGAGUCAGGUGGAUGUGAUGAUAUUCCUCCCGAUUGUGAUCGAAAUGGUCGAAAUUACCGACGACGAAGGCGACGUGACGUUGAUAUCGAGAGUGAUUCGAAUGUUGCUCUUGGUCGUCAAGACGAUAUAAGAGAUUUAAGUGUUGAGGUUUAUUCGGGUUUAGUUGUUAAUGAAGCUGAAGCAGAAGACGAAGUUGAUUUAAUUUCACCUCGACGAGUUGCUACCGAACAAGAAUUUUGCAUCUCAAUGAGAAAGUUCGCCGUGGGUGUUGCCAUUGCCAGUUUACUUCUUAUGUUGGCAGUUAUCCUUCUGGUCGCUUGUAUCUUACAACGAAGACGACGACGAAAAGAUGCCUCAACUUCGGCCAGUUCGAUAUAUUCUGGACCUUAUUCAAAUCGUGCCUAUGGUCGAGAUUAAAUUUUAACCAAAACACAAGCAAAACAAACAAACAACGAAACAAUUAACUAAUACAAAAAAACUCUUGACCAAACCACACAAAAACACCAAUAACGAUGAACAUAAUUUUUAUUUUUAUCUUUAAUUUAUAACUAAAUCACUUUAUUUAUUAUUAACAUUUCCUUAAGGGUGUGACACUUAAGAAGUGUGUUAAUUAGGAUUCACCGAAAUUGUGAUUCACAAUGAUAGAGAUCACAACCAAUCAAUCAAAGAGAAAAAAAAUUUACCUUGAAUGGUUGUCAAUCUUUAUCAUUGGUUCAUAAUUUGUAUUUUUUUUACUCAUCAUUUCCGUUUCCUGGAACCUCUUUUUGAAGUGUCACACCUUUUAUCCUUCAUCUAUUACAUAUAUUUUUUUGUUUCUAAUUAUUUUAUGUGUUGGUAGCAAAAAAAAUCAACUUAAUCACUCACCAUUCCUUUAAUUAAUUAAGGGCUAACCUUAAUUCACAUGAUUUUUGUUUAAAUUGUUUGCUUGUUUUGUUUUGUAUUUAAAAAAAGACAAUCAAUUUUAUAUCUUUGUUACUUAAUUUUGUAUUGAUUAAUUAUCUCACCAAAACCAAUCAAUCAAACAAUUUAAACAAUUCAACUGAAUUAAAUUAAAUCAAUAAAAUUGUAAAAUAAAAGCUUUAAAUUAAAUUGUC